AUGGCUGCUCUAAGCAAAUACAAUAACAAUAGGGGGAAAAUGAAUAUCUUCCCGUUCGCCGUGAAGGUUUUCACCUUUGCGGGAAUUGUAGCUUGUUCCUUCCAAAACUACGAAAAUGACUCAUAUACGAUGUCAUGCAGGAGGAGCAACGGAUACAAUGCUCCGUCAUAUGAGACAAGGUUCAACAGAAUGUUAGCUGAAACCGCCGAAGCUGCCGCUUCUUAUACGGCCGAUGUUGCCACUGCUGAUGCUGCUGACGAUGCCUCUCCUGAUACGGCCUAUGCUGCCACGUCUGAUACGGUCGAUGGUGCCACGUCUGAUAAGGUCGAUGGUGCCACCUCUGAUAAGGUCGAUGGUGCCACUCCAGAUACUGCCGAUGGUGCCUCUCCUGAUGCUGGCGAUGCUGCUACUAAGGAAGAAGAACCCAGCCAGAAAAGCAUAUUCGAAGAAAUGAUAGGGAGCUUUGUAGGUACUGCCUGUGAACAAUACGAGAAGGAAGUGAAACCAAAGUAUGAUGAAAUCGCAACUUCCCUUAAGGAAAAUUUCGAGAAAGAUAUGAAGCCUAAGAUAGAAGGAAUUAAGAAAAAAAUUAAGGAGAAUUACGAAGAGGGCUUAAAAGCAACAUUAGAUAGCUUAAGAGAUAAACUAAAGGAAUUUGAAAAGGAUCUCUCAGAAUUAUGUGCAGAUGAGGAAUCAAGUAGCAACAACAUAAUCGAUGUAGAAUUAAAUUUCGAUGACGAAAGUGAUAUUCCAUCUGUUGAUGACGUUGCUGAGGAUGUUCUUGAUCAAUUACAAGACUCUCAAUGGUCUAUUCAUUCAAAAUACGAAGAUUUAAGAGAUGAAUUUCUUACCAAAUUGAAGGAUAUCCAAAAGGAAGUAAAACCAAAGAUUGAUGAACUUACCCAGAAAUAUUUGAGUGAACUCGAAUCGGAAAUGAAACCCAAAUUUGAUCAGUUAGCUUCCACCAUAAAAGACAUUCAGAAUGAAAUUAAACCCCAAUUUGAUGAUAUUAAAGAAAAGCUAUUAAAAGAUAUCCAAGAAGAAGUCGGGCCCAAAAUACAAGUGUUUGCUGAUAAAAUUUCCGAUCUAGAGAAAGAAGUCAUUCCACACAUGAAUAAAUUCGCUGAUAAAAUUAAAGAUAUCGAAAAAGAUGUUCAACCUAAAAUUGAUGAUUUAAAAGCUAAAUUUAUAGAACUUGAAAAGGAAGUAAAACCCAAAGUUGAAGACUUCGCAUCCAAAUUAAACAUUGAAAUUAAUGAGGACGUAAAAAAGAAAAUUGAAAAUGUUGUGAACAAAGUAAAAAAUGACGUUGAAACUGAAGUGAAACAGAAAAUUCAAGAUUUCGCAUGUAAGGUGAGAAUUGAUAUUGAGAGAGAUAUGAAACCAGCUGUCGAUGAAUUAAGAAAAGUUGUUGUAGAGAAGUUAAGCGAAAUUGAUCAAGAUUAUGGCCCAGCAUUUGAACAAACCCUAAAAGAAGGAUUCGAAAAGAUCCGUGAAAAUAUACCAGUGAAGAAGGAAGAUAUCAUGGAAGUACAGAAAACUAUUACAGAAAACUUAAAGGCCUGCAAAGAAACCGUGAAUUCGGUGUUCAAUGGAAAAUUGUUACGUGGAUUUAAAUUGUUAUAA